CUAUAAGCAUCUCUUUAUGCAACUUUCAUUCUCUCUGUAUCACUGUUUUCAACUUUUCUUCUUCCAAUUUUCUCUUCUUGUUCUACUUUGGACCCUCACCCUUUGGAGGCUAUAAUAAUUAUUAUACCUUCAAGAAUCAGCAACCCUUUUUCUUUGCACUUCAUAGCUGUUUGUGGGGUUUUUAUAAAAUAUUGAGUUUGGUUUGUGUUCUAGGUGGAUUCUUCAAGAUGGAGAAAGAUUUGGUGGAUGAUUGUGAGUUUUGGUUACCCCCACAGUUUCUUACUGAUGAUUAUCUUUUGAUGGAUUUUAAGACGAAUUCUCCAGGGAAUGAUGGGAGUAAGUUGUUUGGAGGGGAGUUUGGUUGUGGGUUUAGCCUGUUUGGUUCGAACUCGGAUCUGAGUUCGCCGGUUGAGUCUGUAGUUGGUUCAACAGAGAACGAGAGUGAUGAAGAUGAUUAUAUCACUGGGUUAACUAGGAAAAUGGCUAGUUCUACUCUGCAAGAAGCUGGUUUAGGCUAUGAAAAUGGCAAGGGUUUGAGUUUGUCAGGUUCGCCACAAUCGACGUUGUGCGGUGUGCUUGUAGCUGGGUGUGGUUGUAAGCAGGGGUCAAGUCGUGGAAGCCCAAACUGUCCAUCUCAGGCUUCUUCUCCGCCGCCAAUGAACAGGCCGGAUGUGUCUUUGGAUCUGCUUUAUGCGGCCGCCGGAGAAGUGGCGAGGAUUAGAAUGAUAGAGGAGUCGGCCGGACUGUACCAUAACAAAGGUGGAAUAUGGUCUGCUCCUCCAGUAACUGUUGGCCCAAAAAACCCCAAACAUAAUCUCGGUCUAUUCAACACAAAUCAGCCACAACUCUCUUACCAACAACUGCAGGUGGCUCAAUUUCAGCGUUUGAAGCAACAGCAAAUGGUUAAGCAAGUGCAAGGGCAAGGUGUUUUGGGCAAUGGAAAAGGUGGAUUUAGGCAGUUUCCAUUGAACCAAAGUCACCAGCAAUUGGCUGAAAACAGAGCCAGAAAUGGAGUUAAAGGUACUUUGAACUUGCCGAACUCUGCUUGGCCUACUUUGCAACAAUCUCAGCAGCUACAACAGCAGCAGCAGCCUCACUCUGGCUCAGGCAUGCGCGCUGUUUUCCUUGGUAAUCCUGGCCCUAAACGGGAAUGUGCUGGAACUGGCGUCUUUUUGCCUAGAAGAGUUGGAACACAAACUGAAACCCGAAAAAAACCAGGUUGUCCAGUUAUCUUGCCAGACAGAGUGGUCCAGGCUCUGAAUUUGAAUUUGGAAGCCAUGGAUGCGGCUACUACUAGGCCACAAUCCCAUGUUCAAACCAGAUGUCACAAUGAGAAUACCAGUUUCACUCCAGCUCCAGAAUACCGGAACAUGGCGGCCGCGGCGGCAGCAGCAGCAGCUCAACAGAGGAGAAACCAGAGAACACAGCCACCGCCAGCAAUGCCUCAAGAACUUCAACUUCCUCAGGAAUGGACUUACUGACAAAAAUAUAAUAUUAGUUUUUUAAAAAAUUGAAGCAGAAAAAAGGGAUUUGUUUGUUUGUUUGUUUGUUUUUUGGGUAAUGAUAUUUGCAGAAACAUAGGGUUUUAGAUUUAGAAGGAAACGAUGAUGACGAAGUAAACAAAUGUUUUUUUUUUUUUGGUGUUAGUAUAUUAGAGGGAAGAAUAAGCUAAAUGGAGAAAGAAGUAUGAGAUUUUUCUUAGGUUAAUACUAAGUAGUAAGAAAAAAAUAAGCUAUAGUUUUUAUAUUGCUUAGUUUUAAAGGUCAAAGAGAUGGUAGGAAAAAAGGGUUGGGCUCAUGUUUUGGUUGGAAGAGUUGCAAACCCUUUUAUUCAUCUUAUAUUUUAUUGUCAAGUGUAACGUUGUAUCUGUCCAAUGCAUAAUAUGGUCAGGUAUAAUUAAUCAAUAAUUAUAUACCAUUAUUUAA